CUCUUGGACAAAUUGUUGGCGCGUCUCAAAGAGCAGGGGUCACGAGUGCUUAUAUUCAGUCAGAUGACUCGAUUAUUAGACAUUUUGGAGGAUUAUUGCUUGUGGCGAGGUCACGACUAUUUCCGUUUGGACGGUCAGACACGUCAUGAGGACCGACAAGUUUACAUUGAUGAGUACAACCGUCCAGGAUCGACGAAGUUCAUCUUUAUGCUUUCUACUCGUGCUGGCGGCCUGGGGAUCAAUUUGGCCACAGCCGACGUUGUGAUUAUUUAUGAUUCUGAUUGGAAUCCACAAGUCGAUCUACAGGCUAUGGAUCGAGCACAUCGUAUAGGUCAGACCAAGACCGUGCGUGUUUUCCGCUUGAUCACCGAGAACACGGUCGAAGAGCGAAUUAUCAUGCGAGCGGAAAUGAAGCUACGACUGGACAGUUUGGUCAUUCAGCAAGGUAAAUUGACAGUUUUUGCUCUAGAAAAUCAGCUGGAUCCUUCUGCGUUUGUCACUUGA